AUGAUUCAAUAAUUAACAAAUAAAUUAGCACAUUGUGAUCAACAGAGGCUAAGCAAGGAUAGGAAUUUGUGGGGUUUUGCCUCCCUGCUGAAACGCGUUUCAUGCCAAAGUAUUGUAUUGGCCUGACCAAAGUUUAAGUAUUCGGCAUCCAAAUUGACUGCCAUAAUCGCACGCGUUAAACCGCACCUACCCUAAAGCUAUAUACCUGUACAGUAUAUGUACAUGUAAUAGUGUCACACUUCACUAGCACUGUGCCGGAACUCCCUGUCCGUAACACUAACAUAGACUAACAUUCACCAGACUUGAGAGGGCGCUAUCAGUAACAUGGCGGCGCCCAUAAAGCUGUUCGAGGGGGCAGCUCAUGCUGGCGUUUAUCUGAAAUAUCGUCCCACGUUACCACAGAAAGUCUUUAAACGGAUCGUGGAUUAUUUACAAGAGAAGCAUUCAAAGCCGUUCAAGCUUGCUGUUGAUGUGGGAUGUGGAUCAGGUCAGAAUACACGACCUUUGACCCCUUAUUUUGAGAAGAUCAUUGGUGUAGAUGUAAGCGAGGCACAGAUUGCUGCUGCACUGAAGAGGGAAGACAAACCACCCAAUGUUGAGUACAGAACUGGCCAAGGGGAGAAGAUUCCCAUCCCAGACAACUCAGUCUCCCUGGUAACCUGCUUCCAGGCUGCUCAUUGGUUGGACUAUACAGCCUAUUGCAAGGAGGUCGAUCGUGUUUUACAGCCAUCUGGUUGCAUGGCUGUCUGCACGUAUGGAAACUUUGUACCAGAGGCUUGUGAUGGUGACAAGACAAAAGAUGCAAGAUUGCAGAAAUUGCAUACUGAUUUUUACAGGGGCGCAUUACUCGGACCUCAUUGGGAUGAUCGUCGAAAACACAUUGAUAACCUGUACGCUGAAUUCAGCAUUCCUUACCAAGGUAGCAUCAGAGACGAUAGUCUCCAAUUGGUUUGGGAGAUGAAUGUGCCAUCAUACAUUGGUUACCUCAGUUCCUGGUCAGCCUUACGUACCUGCUUAAAAAAGAAUCCCAGUAACCCAAACCCUUUGGAUGAAUUCCAGGACAGGUUGAAAGAAGUCUUGGAUGCCCAGACUGAGCUUGAGCAGAUCAAAGUCCGGCUGAAAGCACCGAUUGUGUUACUCCUUGGAAGAAAACCGCUGCCAUAAGAGGAAAUCAAGGAAUGGAUAAAGGCACAUAGGGUUUGUGCUAUUCUAUGUGCACUUGACUGUAUUGAAUAUAUGUCUUUGACGACUUGGUGCGCGUAGCCCACUGAUGAUGAUAAUGGAAAGACAGGUUACUAUGUUUAUUACUCGCUAUAUUUAAAAAGGCUUCCAAUGUUAAUACGCUUGAUACAGCCGUGGAGUAAAGAAAGAUUUGUAUUCAAUUGCAGAUUUACUUUUUAGACCCUUUCACAUGGACUACGGCUCUCGAAUGAUUUCACGUAGAUUCAGCAGUUUAAACCUCAGAGUUCAUUUCUGGGAAAGAAACCAAGUGAUCUCAAAUAUUCUUUGAUCCGACAUAUAGUACCUUAUGUUCUCCCACAAAUGAUUCUCGUUUUGAGUAAGAAUUGCGAGUUUUGUCUUCGAAAUGCUCAGUUUGCAGUCUGAUAUAAACGCAAGCUGCGUUACAAUAGUUUCAACUGCAGUUUCGUUUCUGUGGUAAUUUUUAAAAAUUGCCUUACAGACUCUCCUGAGUAAAAGACGAAAAGCAAACACACAUACAUGAAUAGGUCCGAUAAUGAGGGAGUGUUGACUGCAGAUAGUUCCUCGUUAAUAUCUACCGAUGAAUUACUCCAAAAUCUUAACAAAAUAUACAAGGACUUCGCACUUAAAGCACUGAAUCGUGGAGGAAAUUCACCAGCUGUCGCCACGUUUUCUUGGACUGGCGUCCCUCGUUACAGCUUACUUACUUUGGUGUGUAUUAAUACAACUUGAGUCAUUGUGACAGUACAUGUUCAA